AUGGUUUCUGAUUCUGGAAAUUUGCCUUGGGUUGAAAAGUAUAGGCCUUCUUCAUUGUCUGACCUUGUUUCUCAAGAAGAAAUUGUUAAUUCAGUAUCAAAAAUGAUAGCUGAAGAUCGAUUGCCCCAUCUUCUCUUCUAUGGACCACCAGGUACGGGGAAAACGACAACGAUUUUGGCAGCAGCACGAAAAAUGUUUCCACUUAAAGGAAUGAAAUCUAGGUUACUUGAGUUAAAUGCUUCUGAUGAGCGUGGGAUUGAUGUUGUUCGAAACAAAAUUGUUAGUUUUGCAAGUUCUCAAGGAUUGCAAGAUGUCUUUUCAUCAACAAAUACACCUAGUUCAAAAAGACCAAUAAAACUUGUUAUUUUGGAUGAGGCUGAUGCAAUGACUAAAGAUGCUCAAAAUGCUUUACGUAGAAUUAUUGAAAAAUAUACUGAUAGCACACGUUUUUGUAUAAUUUGUAAUUAUCUUUCGAAAAUUAUACCUGCAUUGCAAUCACGUUGCACUCGAUUUCGUUUUGCUCCUCUUAAACAAGAACAAGUAAUGCCAAGAAUUGAUUACAUUAUUGAAAAAGAAGAAUUAAAUGUUACUGAUGAUGGAAAAGAUGCUUUGUUUAAAUUAUCUAAAGGGGAUAUGCGUCGGAUAAUUAAUGUUUUGCAGAGUACUGCCUUGACAUCAGAUGUGAUUGAUGAGAAAGCCGUUUAUUCCUGUGUAGGGUAUCCACGCCCAAACGUUGUUGAAAAAAUAUUGCGUAUAUUGUUGGAUAGUACAAUUGAAGUGGCCAAUCAAAAAUUGUCUGAAAUGAGACUUCGUCAUUCAGUUGCUUUAAUGGAUAUACUGGAUGAAUUAACUGAUAAAAUAAGUAAAAUGGAUGGGAACCCAAAAUUAUUACAAAUUCUUUAUGAUGGAUUAUCUGCAAUUGAACAGAGAUUGUCUGCUGGAUGUUCAGAAAGAAUUCAAAGUUUGGCAUUAAUUUCAGUUUUUAUACAAGCGAGGGGAAUGGAAUUUGAAAAAUAUACAAAUGGAGAUAUGGAAUAA